CUCUGCUUGUAUAAUGCACGGCAUUGUGCUGGUAUGUAAUUACUGUGACAAGCAUUGGCAGCGUGGUGCGGUGAGAAUCUAUCAACCUAUUGUGGAUAUUGAAGUUCAGAACAUGGCUGUGUAAUACUAAGACCAACUUGAAGCAACAAUACCAACCCGUGGUUUAACAGACUGACCUGGUACCAUGCUGAGGAAUAUUUUCAAGGGUCGGUUUAAGAGAAAGCACAACGAGGCCACCCCUCUGAAAACCUUGGAGUUGCCCCACCCCUCCUACGACAACAAUAAAGAAAGAGGAACCGUCCACUUGAAGAGGGAGGUUGGCCUAGUGCGAGGGGUGUCUCUGAUCGUAGGGGCGAUGAUUGGAUCAGGGAUCUUCAUCUCACCCAAAGGAGUCCUCGUCGGAGCUCACAGUGUGGGAAUGAGUCUGAUUAUCUGGGUCGUCUGCGGCGUCGUAUCAAUUUUGGCGGCAAUGUGCUACGCCGAGUUAGGCACAUUCGUCCCUAAAUCCGGCGGUACUUACCAAUACGUCUUACUCGCCUAUGGUGAUCUAGCUGGCUUCGUGGUUUCUUGGUUCCUCGUUAUCCUAAGUCCGAGUUCUACCGCCCUAGCUGCCUUGACACUUGGUACCUAUAUAUCUGAUUACGUCAUCGCAGGAGACUGCCCUUCCAGGGAAGCAGUCCAGCUCUUUGCGAUACUGACUACAUUGCUCAUGUUAUUUAUCAACUGUAUCAGUGUUCGUUACGCAAGUGGACUGGCUGUGGUCUUCUCCAGUGGAAAGGUCAUCGCCCUUGUUAUUAUCAUUGUGACAGGGAUCUUCAAAUUAUGCAAAGGUCAAACACAAUAUCUAGAUCCUUCCACAUCCUUCGCUGGCUCCAACACGCAUCUUGAGGGAUAUGGCAUUGCGCUGUAUUAUGGUUUCUACGCUUAUGGCGGUUGGGACAUUCUCAACAAUCUCUCAGAGGAAAUCGAGAAUCCCGCAAGGAAUCUACCCCUGUCCAUUUGCAUUGCUGUGCCCAGCGUAGUCGUCAUAUACUUGCUUACCAACAUCGCUUACUUCACUACACUCUCACCAGAUGAAGUAUUGGCAUCAAGUGCGGUGGCAGUGAGUUUUGCAGAGCGAACCUUGGGACCCAUGUCAUGGGUCAUUCCUGUAGGAGUAUGUAUAUCUACAGCUGGUAAUAUCCUUGGAGGUUUCCUUGCAUCUUCAAGAAUAACAUAUGCUGCUGGAAGGGAAGGUCAUAUGUUGAAGGUUCUGUCCAUGAUAAAUGUGAAGCUACUGACCCCACUACCUGCAGUUAUUCUUAAGGGCAUCUUGGUGAUUAUAUUCAUACUCCUAGGAGACUUCGAUUCCAUCAUUGUCUUUAAUGGGUUCGUGGCGUGGAUUUUCCACCUUGCUGCUUUCACGUCUCUCAUCGUGCUGCGAUUCAAGUUCCCGGAUAAACCCAGUCCAUUCAAAGCAAGUGCUCUCAUAAUUAUCGUAUCUUUAACUCAUAAUUAUAUACAUCUAAGGUUUGGUGUCAGAAAUGGGAUUUUCAAGUUAAUAUUUUUUUCAAAUGAGACAAAUGUGAUAGAGAUUUUUGACUUCCAUUUUUUGGGAAGAGAAAAAAAUGUGGGGUUGCAGAACAGAUAUUAAACCUCUACAGCUAAGCCUUCCAAUGUCAUGAACCUAAGAAUGGCUAUAUUUAUCAUCUCGGUCAUUACUUUCAAGGUCAACAUUCUGGUUUCCAUUCUUGCCACACUUGCUUCAAUCUUCAUGGUUCUGGCGCCAUUAAUUUCCGAUCCCUCCUGGGAGUACCUGUACGCCCUGGUAGUACUGGCCAUAGGUCUUGUGGUCUACCUCGUGUUCGUCUGGAAGAAAAGACAGCUACCAUUCAUGGAUCACAUGACACUGUUUCUGCAGAAGCUCCUUCUGGUCACGCCGUGCACUGAGGAUUCUAGCAUUCACGAAUAAAUGAAAACAUCAUCGGGUCAUUUAACAGAAAUUGUCAUUUUUACAAAGAAGCUUGUCAAUACUUUACAAUAUUUGCUGUAAAAUUAGCAAUGCAGACUUACGUGUUCUGUCAGUAUAAUUGUGGUUUUAACGUCAAACGUACGGAAAGAGUAAUUGUGUAUAAAUUAGUUAUCUUCAUCUGUCAUAACGGAUCGUUUCAAUUUGUGAGUUAAGGUUCAGCUUGUUAUUUUAUAUAACGCCUUGUGAAACGGUUUUUCGUGUUGUGAACAACAUUGGUACGUUAAAGAGCAUUAGGCCUACAAUGUCUUCGCAAAAGCACACUAUUGUAAUGCAUGAUGCUACUGUAUAUUUCACAUAUUUAUUUACAAUACACUUUAUUAACAAAGCAUUAUAAUUAUUUACAAGAGGUUAUAGGCCUAAUGACAACAACAGAACAUUGAAGUAUACACAAUAACUCAAAGAACGGGAGGUUAGCAUGCAAACCCUUGAGUCUCACAAGGGUACGUGGGGGCCUUCAGCACCCACGGUGCCCCCUGGCCCAAGGAUCCACCAUUGUAGACUCCGUUUGCCAGGGUCUUACGACGUACGAGUGUAACACUAUACCCUGGCUAGCAAGGAUGGGGAUACCGCACUAAAGUAAAACACCGAGGUGGUGCAGCUUGUCUAGUAAACCCUCUUCCCCGCCCCCAAAUUGCAACCAAACCCUAGUGUAUGACUGUGUUUGGGUGUGCGCCCUCUCGUGAGCACAUUCUUCCACUGUUGCUUUCAAUGACACUAUUAUUAUGAAAGCCGUCUAUUUGAUUGUAAUGUAAA